AUAACCUAGCAUGUGAAUUUAUUAUUAUUAUUAUUUUCCUCUCAAAUUGGCCGUCGACGAGACAGAAAAAAGAAAUAGAGCCCUGUUUUUUCCCAUUCCGCUGAUUUUGCCCAUAUACGUCACGUCUGUUUGGCUACCCAGUUACGUUACGCCUGUUUGGCUACCGAGAACCAGAGUUUACCAAUUCCUUUUCUCUCUAUAAGCCGUUUCAUUUCAGUCGCGCAACAGAGGUUUUCUCUUCGUCGCAGAGAAUAGUGUGCACUAUAACAUGGAGUCUACAGCUGAAGCAAAGUAUGCUGCUUUUGAAGAGAAAGUGAAGCGGACAAUUUUUGUUGACAACCUCUCACCACAAGUAACCGAAACUGUCUUAGCAAAAGCUCUAAAUCAGUUUGGAACUGUCGUGAGCGCGAGUUUAAUUCCAAACUAUUUGGAAACUGGGAACAUCCUUUGUGCUUUGGUAGAGAUGGAAGACUCUGAGAAAGCCAACAAAGUCAUCUCAUCCAUAACUGAAUUUCCUUUCUUGAUUGCUGGGAUGCCAAGGCCUGUAAGGGCUCGUUUUGCUGAAGUUGAAAUGUUCGAUGAUCGCCCAGUGAAGCCUGGUAGAAGGGUACGUUGCAGUUGGUUAGACCCAAGUGACCCUGAUUUUGAGGUAGCAAAGAAACUGAAGCGCCUCACUCGAAAGCAUGCCGCUGAAGCUUCUUUCUUGCUCAAGCAACAACUGGACAGAGAAGAGAAGCUACAUAAGCAACAGGUGGAGAACCUAAAAGCUAAUUUUAAGAAGUAUGAGAUGAUAGUUGGUGUCUUGAGUGACAAAACUGUUCAAAGUUUGGCAGGCCAUUAUGGCAUGAGAGUUUCAGAUGAUUUGUAGGUUCUGUUUUCUCCUUGCCUGUUUAAGUGACAUCUUAACAACAUAUUUCAGUAUUUUGAAAGGUGAAUUUGGAUAGUCUAAAUAUUUUUGUUAA